UUUUCACCGAGUAUGCGUGAGAACUCGAAAAGUUUUGAGAGAUCCACUUGCAUUGCUGUCUCAUUCUCGUUCUGACCAUCUAAAUGAACUCAGACCAAGGUUCCCUUCUUCUCAAAAAACAGCUUGCAGACCUCACGAAGAACCCGUCAGAGGGAUUUUCUGCUGGCCUUAUAGAUGACGAGAAUCUGUUCAAAUGGGAAGUAUUGGUGGUAGGACCCCCUGAUACUUUCUACGAGGGAGGUCUGUUCAAGGCACAUUUGUAUUUUCCUAAAGAAUAUCCACAAAAACCGCCAAAAAUGAGAUUUAUAUCAGAAUUCUGGCACCCAAAUGUUCACAAGGAUGGUGAAGUUUGCAUUUCUAUUCUUCAUGAACCUGGUGAAGACAAGUAUGGCUAUGAGAGGGCAUCAGAACGUUGGCUUCCAGUCCAUACUGUUGAAACAAUCUUGAUAAGUGUUAUUUCCAUGAUUUCAGAGCCUAAUGAUGAAUCUCCUGCAAAUGUAGAUGCUGCAAAAGAUUGGAGGGAAGAUUAUAAUGGAGUUUUCAAAAAGAAAGUGAAACUGUGUGUACGGAAAAGUCAAGAAGAAUGUUGACUUUUGAAGAGUUUUUAGUAUGUUAUCGCUUCUGGAGACAACUCAAAAAUAGAUUAGUUAUUCCAAUAUUAUCUGUUAAAGUACAAGUUAGCAGUACUUUAACAUUACCAGGGUUUUAAAUGGCCACAUAUCUACAAGCACUCUUGCAAGCUCAUUAUUGCUGUUAAAAAAAUUGAAAAAUAUCUUGAAUUUGAUAAGAAAUUUAUGAUAAGGCAUUAAGUUUGUAACUCUCCUGUAAAUUUAUUUACCAUGGGGUGUGGAUCAGAGGUUAUGCAGUAUUAAUGUUUGCAUGUACAUUGUAUCUGUUGCAUGUUGAUAUACAUUUUUUCCUGCUCAUUGUAUAUUCAUUGUCAUGAAGAGGCCAGAACAUGUAGCACACCAGCUUGGGACUUGUUUACAGCAUAUCAUGAUGCAAACAAGUGAUCCAUAUUCACACCUCCAGACCUAUAGUAACAAGAUGGUGAAGCUACAUGAAUAAAUAACCCCUAAAAUCUUGUAUUGAUCUAAAUUUAAACAAUAUAAUGUUAACUGUGGAAUAUAAUGACAUGGGAAGGCUUGAUUCCAUUCUGCGUCAUGUUCACUAUUUCAUAUUUAUUUUGUUUUUGCAAGAUCAACCUGGCUUUAUGUUUAGAAGGAUAGAAAUUGUGGGGAUAUAUUGAAAUUAGAUUGAAGCCAAAAAUCAAGCAAAAAUUUAGGACACUGUUAACAAAAAGAACCUUGACACCAAUGACAUCUACUACUUGGUGCCCCCUUUUUUACAAUCUGUAAAAUAACCUUUUUCAAAUGUUAAUAUAAUGAUCCACAACACAGUUCUUGCAAUAAACAAAGAAUAGUAGGGCAACUUAACUUAAACUCUUAAACAUAAUAUUGAUUUGUUAGCCACUUCUAACAAAAACUUGUAGCCCUUUUGACUUUUCCUACAAGUGAUCUGACUAUUGCAAAGAUAUUAUAUUACAAAAUUUGAUUAACUUGAAUUCAGUUUCAGAAUAAUACUACAAUGUAAUUAAAAAUAAGUGUUUUUUUUGUAAGGUUGAUAUGUAUAUUUUAAAUGAAGCUUUAUUGUUGUCGUACAAAUCCAAGUACUUAGUUAUUUACAAGUUUUGUCUGUGCUGUUGUGAUUAUUAUUAUUUUUGAAUCUGUGGCUGGUUUUCCAUAGUGAUAGCUCAGCUCAGCUCACAUUUUCUUAUUUCAUAUCAUUUUUUUUUAUUCAAUUUGUUUUUGGUAUACCAUAUAAAUGACUUUUUUCUGCAAGUUUGAUGCAUUGCUUAAACUUUCCAGUGAAGUAAAAACUCUUGAGACAGCUUUGCAAAAA